GGAGGGGGCGCAUGCGCACAAGACGUGGCAGCCUGCGUAGGGAGUGAGCCGCUGCCUCUGUUGGUCGGGCCUCCUCUUGGUCGUCGGGAUGGACGAGGACAUUUUGACCACUCUGAAGAUCCUCAUCAUCGGCGAGAGCGGCGUCGGCAAGUCUAGCCUUCUGUUACGCUUUACAGAUGAUACAUUUGAUCCAGAACUUGCAGCAACAAUAGGUGUUGACUUCAAAGUGAAAACAAUCUCAGUUGAUGGAAAUAAGGCUAAGCUAGCAAUCUGGGACACUGCAGGUCAGGAACGGUUCAGAACGCUAACACCCAGUUAUUACAGAGGAGCUCAGGGUGUUAUAUUAGUUUAUGAUGUCACAAGAAGAGACACUUUUGCUAAACUAGACAACUGGCUAACUGAAUUGGAAACAUACUGCACAAGGAAUGAUAUAGUUAAAAUGUUAGUUGGAAACAAAAUUGAUAAGGAAAACAGAGAAGUUGACAGAAAUGAGGGUCUCAAGUUUGCCCGAAAGCAUUCCAUGUUGUUCAUAGAGGCGAGUGCAAAAACAUGUGAUGGCGUCCAGUGUGCCUUUGAAGAACUUGUUGAGAAAAUAAUUCAGACGCCUGGACUGUGGGAAAGCGAGAACCAAAACAGAGGCGUAAAGUUAUCAAACGACGAAGAGGGCUAUAAAGGAGGCUGUGGUGGCUACUGUUCCAUGUUAUAAACUCUGGAAGACUUGUCCUUUUGCAUAUUUAAAUGGAUAGUGAUGUCCUGUGUACAUAAACUCAUAUCGGCUAUUUUAGGGACCUUGCAGUUUGCACAUAUUUGUGUAUCAUAGCAGUGAACAUCUUUCUAGGACAAUGUGUUCUGCAGCUUUUUCAGUUGGGAAAUGUUAAUGGUAAGCAUGCCUAAUUUGCAACUUUCUGGUUCUUUUUAUGGAUAGCAUAAGAAAUGUACUCAAAUUUCAUACUCCUUAUCAUGGAACUAUCUUGGAUACUGUUUCAAAUAUGUGUUGGCUGCAUUCUGUCUGAUUAUUAACUCAAAAUAUUGCACUACACAAAACAUACAAAACUCAAAUGAUCCAAAUGGUUACGUGUGACAUCUGAACAUUUUUUUGGCAAAUGCUUUUCUUACCAAUUAACAAUGACCAUAAAAUUCCGUUUAAGCUAUAAGCAACACUUUUCUAGCUUGUAGCACAUCCCAGUUGAACUCUGGCCUCUUGGAGGAGGUGCUUCUAAAAUUACUCUGUGUGAUUUUUUUUAAUGGUCACCUUGGUGAAUCAUCUGUCUAAUAAGAGUUUUUAACCCUAAGUGGUUUAGGGUCCAAUCCUGUGCAUGUCCAGAUAGGCAAAAGUUCUACAACUUGCAGCAUUCAUUCCCUGGUAAUUGUAGGAAUUUCACCUGUCUAAACAUGCAUAGUAUUGCACCCUUAGAAUAGCUCUCUCGCACCAUGGCUUUUAUGGUGCAGUGUGCUGUGGACCUCCAGAAGAAUUUUCCCUUUUGGUUAUGGGCUGGGGGGAAGGGGCUCUCAUUGUGAAUCACUUUGCCAAACUUUGACGAAUGCUUCUAAAUGUUAGUAUUGUAAAUUGGCUUCAGUCUUUCAAAUUGUUCUGUCCUUGUGGCUCUGAAGCCUAAUUGGAUGACUCCACUGUUUAUGGCUGUUGGGUCUGAACACUGAAACUGUCUUUGAGGUGUCUGUGUAAGGAAUUCACUCUCUUGCUGGGGUUUGCUGUAACAAAAUGGCCAAUGGCUUGCUUGUUUCAGAGAACUUGUAUAGACUAAUAAAUUUUUUCCACAGUAUUGAAUUUUUUCUAACAUCUUCCUCAUGUACAGGUGAAUUUUGUAAGAAACAAUUCAACAGCUCUUGAUCCUGUAAUAGACAACACUAAUGACUUCAAAUACUACAGGGUACUAAUAUGUUUAGCAGUAUGAACUACUCUGGAGUUUCCUGUAAAUAUAUGAACUGAAAUAACUUUAUAAUGAUGCUUUUUUGUACACUUCAGUGCUGUGUACGCUCAUUGGUCUUUCACCAGUAUGGUGGCUGUUGUCACCAAAUGCACUUCACCUAAAAUCUUUCAACUUUUACAUUUAUUGAGAAAUUAUUCAUAUUUUGAAAGUCAUUACUUACAAUAAAGUUGUAAGUAAAAUACCUGUUACUCCUUUCGCAUACCUCCCACCACACCCAACAUUUAGCUGUAUAUUGCCAUUUUAAAUGACUGCACAUUUGCUAAACAGAUUUUCAGUCUGUUGAAAGAUGGGCAUGUAUCUCUUGAAUGCUUUAUCCUUGGAGGCAGAACAGGAUCAAAUCUUACUGCAAUUAAAUAUGUCUAACACUCAAAUAAAGAUUGUGGAGCAGAA